ACGAGUAAGAAUGUGAGUAACACGCGUCUAUCCAAACGCGUGGGAGAAAGCCGUAUCCAUCAUCAACGGGCUUAAGAUCCCAUUUGAGUCAGUGAAAGUGGUGGAAGUGAGAGGAAAGCGUCAUUCUUACGUUUUAUAGCUUCACAGAGCAAAAAACAAAAAACAAAAGAAAAAAAAAACUCUUUUGAAAGCAAAUCAUCUUUUUUUCUAUUUCAACGAACACUCUCAAGUCUCAACCAACACUUGUUGUUUAGUUGCAGAAGCUUGUGAACAGAUCAGUUGAAACCCCAAUAAAGAUAAGAAAAGAGAAACCCUUUUAUUGGUUUAUUUGGUGUUUUGUCUCAUUCUGAGAAAUGGGUUCACAGAGCUGAGAUACUGAAAUGGAUUGAAAAGAAGCAACCUUUUCACUUGGCAGGGUUCUUGUCUAGUUGCUUGAGUCUUUUGGUUUGGUUUGGUAGAGAAUUGAAAUAGUAGAAAUGAGAAGAGGUAGAGGGAAAAGAAAGAGGCAGAAGGCUACCGCUAGAGAAGAUGGUGAUGAAGAAGAAAAGAUUCCAGCUUACAGGAGAAGAGGGAGGCCACAGAAGCUGGCUAAAGAUGGAACCGAAGGAGAAGGAGAAGAGAUUGUGGAGAAGGAUGAAGAUACAAACGGUUCAGUAACAAGCAAAGAAGAUGUGGCAGAGAAUGGGAGGAAGAGGAAGAAGCCAGUAGAAGAGUCUAAAGAGAGCAAUGUAACAGAAGAAGAGAAUGUGUUAGGAUCGAAAUCAAGCACUGAUGAUUCAGUGAAGUCAUCGUUGUCUAUGGGGUUUAGACAGAUUGGGAGUAGGAGGAAGAACAAACCAAGACGAGCUGCUGAAGCUGUUGUUGAAUGUAAUGGUGUUUGAAAAUGAGAUUCUUAGAGACUGCCUUUUUGUUUUAUUUUUGUUGACUUGAAUCAGUUUUUGUUGUUAGGACCUGCGUUUGGUGCGUUUUGGUUUCAUACAUGGAAUCAGAUUUACCAAUUUUCUGAACAGUACACUUUCAUAGCGUUUCAUAGCUCUUUAAGUGGCUACGAAGAAGUGUACUUUCCAAAGUAUUUUUUUUUAAAACAGUUUGCAAAUCAAAA